AUGUCGUACCAGGACCAGCCCACCUCCCCAGGCAUGUCCUCCACCCGCCGUCUCACCAACAGGAACACAAACCGCUACAGUGUUACCGCCCUCUUCAGCAUGGCGGCAGAGCAGGAUGUCGAGGUAGAGGAUGAUUUGGCCAGAGCGCAAAAGCGUCUUCGUGACCUCAAGGGAAAGAUCUCUGCUCAGUCGAAAAAGAAUUUCGUUCUAGAACGGGAUGUCCGUUAUCUUGACUCUCGCAUUGCCCUGUUGAUUCAGAACAGAAUGGCACUCGACGAACAACGCGAAGUGGAGCGCACGCUGGAAGAAGUUGAUCCAACAGAAGGACAUUACCCAGACGACAGAAAAAUACAGCAGUACUCCAAUCUUUUUUUCCUUCUCCAGUCUGAGCCGCGACAUAUUGCAGCUCUUUGUCGCCUUGUAUCACUUUCCGAGAUCGACACUCUCCUUCAGACCGUCAUGUUCACCCUUUACGGAAACCAGUACGAAAGUAGAGAAGAACACCUUCUCCUCACGAUGUUUCAGAGCGUGCUCUCAGCUCAGUUCGAGACUGCAACCGAGUUCGGCUCGCUUCUUCGCGCCAAUACCCCUGUUUCUCGCAUGAUGACGACAUAUACCCGCCGUGGCCCUGGUCAGAGCUACCUCAAGAGCGUCUUGGCCGAACGCAUAAACAGCCUAAUCGAACACAAGGACCUCAACCUAGAGAUCAAUCCUGUCAAGGUCUAUGAGCAAAUGAUCAACCAAAUUGAAGAAGAAACAGGCUCUCUUCCGCCUAAUCUACCCAGAGGUGUGGCACCUGAAAUAGCAGCAGAGAACAAUGAUGUCCAAGCUAUCAUCGCACCACGCCUCACAAUGCUCAUGGAGAUUGCCAACAGCUUUUUGUUGACUAUCAUUGAGAGUAUGGAGAGUGUACCUUACGGUAUCCGUUGGAUAUGCAAACAGAUUCGAAGUCUGACGAGACGUAAAUAUCCUGACGCUACUGAUUAUGCUAUUUGCUCUCUCAUUGGCGGGUUUUUCUUCCUUCGUUUCAUCAACCCCGCUAUCGUAACGCCACAGGCAUACAUGCUUGUGGAAGGUGUUCCUGCUAAGCACCCACGACGAACCCUUACCUUGAUUGCGAAGAUGUUGCAGAAUCUUGCAAACAAACCUUCGUACGCAAAGGAGGCGUACAUGAUGACCCUUAAUCCCUUCGUCGAAAAUAAUAAAGCCCGCAUCAACCAGUUCCUUAACAACCUUUGCGAGGUCGGAGACUUCUAUGAUACCCUUGAGAUGGAUCAAUACAUGGCCCUCUCUAAAAAAGAUUUGAUGAUCCAUAUUACGCUGAACGAACUUUACAAUACGCAUUCCCUCAUUCUUCAACACGUGGAGACACUGUCCCCAAACGACAAGCAACAUCUACGAAUUCUUACUGACGAGUUAGGCCCAGCGCCUCCUCAAGUACCCCGCAAAGAAAACCGAACGAUCGAGUUGAACCUGUAUAGUCGUUGGGAAACACCGGUGCACGAUAUCCAAAGUGCAUUGAUGGAUUCAGUGUCAUCAAGUGAUAUGCUGUACAUGGAGACCAAGUCUAUCUUUGUGCAGCUGAUCCGUUCGUUGCCUCAUGCGGCCGAGAAACGACCGUACAACCUUGCUGCGAUCGCCGAACGGGCAGCCACGACGAAGGACGCCGUACUUGUGCGGAAGGGCAUCAAGGUCAAGGAGAUGCUUCGGGAGCUGGAAGAGCAGAAAAUCGUCGAGGCGGCGGAUGGGUACAGGUUGAUGCAGGAAGAAGUAGCUGCAGAGUUGGUACACCUCGGGAACCUGCGAGAAAAGGUUGUGUUGGAGACUAAGUCACUGGAGGCCGUGUACAAGACAAUAUGCGAUCACAACAAUUACAUGCGGUCGCAGCUUGAGCAGUACAAGGCGUAUCUCCAGAAUGUGCGUCUGACUGCGACCAAGGACAAGGGCAGUACGACGGGUGUCGGUGUAGUUACUGUUGGUGGAAAGGAGAAGAAGCCUGUGAAGGCAGUUGUACUAGGCCCUUAUAGGUUCACACACGCACAACUGGAAAAAGAGGGUAUUAUUGUGGAGAGUAAUGUGCCUGAUAAUCGGCGACCGAAUAUCUAUUUCAACAUAACGUCACCGACUCCCGGGACGUUUAUCAUUGCACUCCAUUACAAGGGGCGCGAGAAAGCUAUUCUAGAGAUGGAUCUCAAGAUUGAUGAUUUGCUGGAGAAGCAAAAAGACAACAAGCAUCUGUUAGAUUUGGAAUAUGUCCAACUCAAUGUUCCAAAAGUUCUAGGUUUACUCAAGAAAGUAUUUGCCAAGCGAUAA